AUGCAAGCUCAUUCAAAUCAAUCCACUGAUUCCUUCGAUCCUGAUACUUAUAAAAAGUCCCAAGCAGCAAUCAUUGACGAACCGACUUAUAAACCAGAGAUGGUGUUAAAGAACUUUGCAAGAAGUUAUGAUCAACCUCCAUUAACUGGUUAUCAAAGCUUUAUAUCAGGCUUGGGUUCAAUGUUUGGUACCUGUGGGUUAUUCUGUUGUCUUUGUCGAAACCCAUAUCAGGAAGUUGAACAAGGUGAGGUUGGUCUUAUCCAAACAUUUGGUGCAUUGACACGUACAGUUGAACCGGGCUUAUCGUAUGUAAACACUUGGUCUGAAAGAUUGACUAGAGUUUCCAUCAAAAUCAAUAUUAGGGAAAUCCCAGCUCAAAAAUGUUUUACCAAAGAUAAUGUUAGUAUCACCAUAACUUCAGUUGUCUAUUAUAAUAUAAUUGAUCCAAUGAAAGCCAUAUUUGCUAUUGAUAACAUCCAUCAAGCAAUUAUUGAAAGAACUCAAACGACAUUGAGAGAUGUGAUUGGGGGUAGAAUAUUACAAGAUGUUGUUGAAAAGCGUGAAGAAGUGGCUGAGUCUAUCGAAUUGAUAAUUUCUAAAACUGCUGCUGAUUGGGGUGUGAAUGUCGAGAGUAUUUUGAUUAAAGAUUUGACAUUACCAGAUAAAGUGCAAGCUUCGUUGUCCAUGGCAACUGAAGCAAAGAGAAUUGGUGAAGCCAAAAUUAUUAGUGCCAAAGCUGAACUUGAAAGCUCCAAGAUUAUCAGAAAGGCUAGUGAUAUUUUGGCUUCUAAAGCAGCUAUGCAAAUCCGUUAUUUGGACACUAUGCAAGCAGUGUCAAAGAAUGCUGGAACUAAAGUUAUUUUUAUGCCUUCAGCAGAUCAAGUAGAAAGAAUUGCCAUGUCCAAUAUGCAAGACCAGCCUCCUUCUGGUAAGGAUAAGCCGUUAGAUUUAGAGGAAGAUAAGGAUUGGGUAGGUGCUCCAUCGAGUGUUGGUAUUAAAAACAAUAGACACAUUAGUGAGACUGUUGCAUUGCAAGAGGCCAUGCAAGUAUGA